AUGGGGGGCGGCUUGACCCGGUUUGGGAUGGCAUUAGUUAAAGAGAUGAACCGUUUAGGGAUGCUCGUGGAUGUUUCGCAUAUCAGCGAACGUGGAUUUUGGGAUGUUCUCGAAAUCUCGGAGCAUCCGGUCAUCGCGUCUCAUAGCAAUUGCAAGACCUUAUGCCGUCACUCACGGAACUUGAGCAAUGAACAACUGAAAGCCUUAGCGGCUAAUGGUGGUGUUGUGGGUAUCACCUUUGUCCCGGGGUUUAUUACUGUAGAUGGAUGGAAGAAAAUGCCACCCCUGGUGCAAUUGCUUAACCAUAUUGUCUACGCAAUCGACAUCGCUGGCAUCGAUUAUGUCGGCAUCGGUUCGGAUUUUGAUGGCGGCGGAGAUCUGCUCAAGGAUGCCAGUGAGUUCAUCAAAAUUGCGGAAGGGUUAAGCGAACGCGGCUAUUCUGAUGACGAUAUACGAAAAGUACUCGGUGAAAACCACCUACGCGUCUUUGAGCAGCGUGCGGAUAACACCUUAGCACUAUUCUGGUCAGGAGGCUUUCGUAAGGGCGCGAGAGACAGACUGCCAAACCUCAUCCACACCGAUGCCUUUCAUGCAGAUAUUGUCUUUGCACUUAUCCGUGAACUGCUUACAGGGACUACAGGGUACGGCGUGGCGGAUGGUUUGAUGCAAUGUUCCGAGCGGUUGAAAUCGGAUGUGAUUGCCGGGACCGAAUAG